AUGAACACCUGCUUUUUACCACUUACAGCGCUCAAAGGAAUAGAACGAAUGCAUUAUUCUGGAAGAAAUAUGCUGAAGGAUUCAUUGAGUAUUGCUGAUCCCGAAGCUUAUAAAAUCAUGCAAAAGGAAAAGGAAAGGCAGAAACGAGGACUGGAACUAAUUGCAAGUGAAAAUUUCACUUCGAAAGCUGUUCAUGAUGCAUUAGGCUCUUCAAUGUCAAAUAAAUAUUCAGAAGGCUAUCCUGGUAUCAGAUAUUACGCAGGGAAUGAAUUUAUUGAUGAAAUGGAAAUAUUAUGUCGAAGUCGUGCUCUUCAGGUAUUUGGUUUGGAUGAUAAGAAGUGGGGUGUCAAUGUGCAAGCCCUCUCAGGUUCACCAGCAAAUUUUGCUGUUUAUACCGGCUUGCUGGAACCAAAUGGGCGAAUUAUGGGUUUGGAUUUGCCUGAUGGUGGACAUUUGACCCAUGGAUUCUUUACACCUCGACGAAAAGUUUCAUCGUCGUCCUUAUUUUUCCAGUCGAUGCCUUACAAAGUUGAUGCCAAAACUGGUUACAUCGAUUACAAUCAACUAGAGUACACUGCAUUACUAUUUCGUCCAAAUAUUAUUGUAGCGGGAACAAGUUGUUAUUCACGCUUGCUAGACUACAGUCGCUUCCGUAAGAUAGCUGAUAAAUGUGGUGCUUAUUUAUUGGCUGAUAUGGCACAUAUUUCGGGUCUGGUUGCUGCAAAUGUCAUUCCAUCACCUUUUGAAUAUGCUGAUGUCAUCACAACAACGACUCACAAAUCACUUCGGGGUCCUCGUGGGGCUUUGAUUUUUUACAGGAAAGGCUUGAAGAAAAUAACUCCAAAAGGUGAGAAAGUGAUGUAUGAUUUGGAACAAAGGAUAGAUUCUGCCGUAUUUCCGGGAUUGCAAGGAGGACCUCAUAAUCAUACAAUAGCGGGCAUUGCUGUUGCUUUAAAUCAGUGUCUUACAGAAGAUUUUAUUCAAUAUUGCAAGCAGAUUUUGUCAAACUCUCGAACACUUGCAAAUAGAUUGGUGGAACUUGGCUAUACUUUGGUUACAGGGGGAACUGAUACUCAUCUCUGCUUGGUUGAUUUACGUCCAAAAGGUUUGGAUGGUGCGAAAGUGGAACAUGUCCUCAGUUUAGCUAAUAUUAUUUGCAAUCGUAAUACUUGUCCAGGAGACCAGAGCGCUCUACAUCCCAGCGGUAUACGUCUUGGAACACCAGCUCUUACUACACGAGGAAUGAAAGAAAAUGAUUUCGUUAGGGUUGCCGAUUUUAUUCAUGAAGGAGUGGAAAUUUUGGUAAAAUAUGAGUCGCAGGUGGGCAAAACACUAAAAGACUUGACAGUGUUUACCAGUUCGAAUGAGCAGUUUAUAGCAGAUAUUAAUAAGUUAGGGGAAAAAGUGGAGCAGUUCGCUAGUCGUUUCGAUAUGCCGGGGAACGAUGAUAUUUAA